AUGAUAAAGGCCUCCCUUGCCCAUGACAUCGGGUGUCCAAUAUCUAAGAUUUCACAACUUGCGUUACAAGCUGAUGGUCGUACUCUUCUCUCUAUUGUCGGCGAAACCCGCCUGUCAUUGUCCCGUAAUGGCAAGACCCUUACCCUCGAGGCUCUUGUUGUAGAAGACCUUGAUGUUGAUAUCCUCGCUGGAGCACCUUUCAUGACCUGCAAUGCCAUUGCUGUCCGACCCGCAAAGCAUGAAAUUAUCAUCGCUGGUUCUGACAUUGUACCCUAUGGGUCCCGCAAUAGUUCCUUCAAAUACCAUGUUGUCAGAUAUUGUCAUGUAUUGCGUACACGUCCUACGAACACCACUAUUUGGCCUGGUGGUUUCCUUGAGGUUGAUAUCCCUAUUGACUUCCCACCCGAUACCCAACUUGCUGUUGAGCCUCGGGUCGAAUCUUCUUCGUUGUCAAUCAAUUAA